GGGCGCCUUGUAAUUUGGCUCCAUAAAAUCGACCACAUCAUUAAGAGAAACAUCCUAGGAAAAAAGAAAGAAGUGACGAGGAUAUAGAAAUACAGCGCUAGCCAGGAAAGUGGUGACAGACCUAAUAAACCGUCUUCCUUAAACUUUCCUUACCCAUGCUGCAGAUAUCGCUUCAGAAUCUGACCAAAGUUGCGACUUUUGGAAGUUCUCAAUCCAAUUCCAGAGAAAGGCAAUCAUCGAUGGAGAAUAGAUAUGGUUUAUUGAGGCAGAGCAGUGGUUUCUGGAGGUCCUUGAGAGAUGGAGACUUUGAGGAAGAGGAAGUCUGGGCUGUUCUCAGAAAUACAACAGAUUCUACUUCCAUGGUAGGCAAACCCAAGCAACCCUCUAUUUCUGUUCCUAGACAACUUCCAACUGCUUCAAGAAUGAUACCAAGAGCUACAGCCAGCGGCAGCAGUAGCAAUAGCUCCUCUCAUGAAGCCAAAAUUGUUCAGAAUUCAGCACCUGUAAACAUUCCUGACUGGUCACAAAUUUCUAGAAAAAAGUCAAAGAAGAUCUCUAGGUAUGAUACAUGGGUUGGUAAUGAUGAUGAUGACGACGAUGACGGGGAUUUGAAUGAUGGCCAGGGCAGCGAUGAAGAUGAUGACGAUGAUGAGGACAAUUACAAGUUACCUCCACAUGAAUUCAUUGCAAAAAGGCUUGCAAGAAGUCACAUAUCCUCUUUUUCUGUUUUUGAAGGUGCUGGGAGGACCCUUAAAGGGAGGGAUCUUAGCAAAGUCAGGAAUGCUGUUCUAACAAAAACUGGUUUCCUUGAAUAACAGGGAAGGGUGUCUCCAUGAACAUGAUUCCAUGUGCCUUUUGUUUUUCAAAGAUUUAGGUAUGGUAGCUUGUGGUUGUUCCUUUAGUCUUUGGAGGUGUCCUUCUGGUUUGUGUUCAGAGUGUGAGAAAUUUAUUUUGAUGUAAAAAAGCAAUUAAUUGGUCCCCCACUCCCAUGUGACCUUUGCUUUGAUAAGCUUGAUUGUAGUAAAAUUUAGGGGCUACUGAGGGACCAAAAAAUGUAAAAAUAUUAGAUGUAGUAAUGCUUAUCUUAAUUAGGAGGAA